AUGCAGAUUUUUGUGAAGACACUCACAGGAAAAACUAUCACGCUCGAAGUUGAGCCGAGUGACACCAUUGAAAAUGUCAAGGCGAAAAUUCAGGACAAGGAAGGAAUUCCUCCUGACCAGCAGCGUCUGAUCUUCGCCGGCAAGCAGCUUGAGGGCGGCCGUACGCUGUCUGAUUACAACAUUCAGAAAGAAAGUACCCUUCACCUUGUGCUGCGGCUUCGUGGAGGCAUGCAGAUCUUUGUCAAGACUUUGACUGGCAAGACGAUCACGCUGGAAGUUGAACCCAGCGACACGAUCGAGAACGUAAAAGCAAAGAUCCAAGACAAGGAGGGAAUUCCACCAGACCAGCAGCGUCUCAUCUUCGCUGGCAAACAGCUCGAGGACGGCCGUACACUCUCGGACUACAACAUUCAGAAAGAGUCCACUCUUCACCUUGUGCUGCGGCUUCGUGGAGGCAUGCAGAUCUUCGUCAAGACUUUGACAGGCAAAACGAUCACGCUAGAAGUUGAACCGAGUGACACGAUCGAGAACGUCAAAGCAAAGAUCCAAGACAAGGAGGGAAUCCCACCUGACCAGCAGCGUCUCAUCUUUGCCGGCAAGCAGCUCGAGGACGGCCGCACGCUCUCAGACUACAACAUCCAGAAAGAGUCCACCCUACACUUGGUGCUGCGACUUCGCGGCGGCAUGCAGAUUUUUGUCAAGACACUCACCGGUAAAACCAUCACGCUUGAAGUCGAGCCGAGUGACACCAUUGAAAAUGUCAAGGCAAAAAUCCAGGACAAGGAAGGGAUCCCACCUGAUCAGCAGCGUCUUAUCUUUGCGGGCAAACAGCUAGAAGACGGCCGCACCCUGUCUGACUACAACAUUCAAAAGGAGUCGACCCUUCACCUUGUCCUCCGGCUGCGCGGAGGAAUGCAGAUCUUCGUGAAGACCCUCACCGGCAAGACCAUAACCCUAGAGGUUGAGCCUAGCGACACCAUUGAAAAUGUGAAGGCUAAAAUCCAGGACAAAGAGGGCAUUCCACCGGACCAACAGCGUCUCAUCUUUGCAGGCAAGCAGUUGGAGGACGGGCGUACUCUCUCCGACUACAAUAUUCAGAAGGAAUCGACCCUCCACCUGGUCCUGCGGCUUCGCGGUGGCCAGUAG